CCUUCGCCCCUCUCGCAACUUCCGUCUCGCUGCAUUUGACCUCCAUUCACACCCCCCACACAAAAGGGAUGCCCACAACAGCCCCACCCCCACCCUCCCUCGAACUCUUCACCUGGGGCCCCGCGUGGACGCUCACUUCCUUCGACCCCUUCUGUCUCUCCGUAGAGACUUACCUGCAGCUCGCCGGCGUGGAGUGGAGUAAUAAUGUUUGCAACGAUCCGGAGGUUUCGCCGUUUGGCGAACUACCGAUGCUCCGUGACGGCCUGCUAGAACCGGUUGUCGGUGUGGGAAGGACGAUUGCAUAUCUCAAGAAGAAGGGAUACGAUCUCGACGCCCAUUUAUCCCCAAUCGAGAACGCGGAAUCAUUAGCCUACAUAACCCUCAUAGAAGACAAACUCUACGACGCCCUCCUCUACAGCUGGUGGCUCGAGUCCACCAACGUCGCCCGCUCAACCCGCCCUACCAUCGCCCGCUCGCUGCGUGGGUGGGCGGGGUGGACGGUGCCUACCCAGAUGCAGAAGAAGGCGGCGGCAAGGCUGGCGAGGUAUCGGUUUGUGACCGGGAAGGAUGGGAAGAGCGUCAAUGAGAUCUACCGCCACGCCCGCGAAUGGUACGCCGUCCUCGCAGCAAAACUAGCCGACAAGCCUUUCUUCUUCGGGGACACCCCAACAACCCUCGACGCCAUAGCCUACGCCCACCUCUCCCUGCACGCCAUUCCCACCCUCGCCUCCCCAACCCUCUUCAGCAUCCUCACCUUCGAACACCCCACCUUACACCGCUUCAUCGACCGGAUGCAUAACCUCGCUUUUGUGGAUGCGAACCCCGUAAGAAUGAGCCCGGCGAUGAGGAUGAGCGCGUGGGAUCUGAUUACCUGGCCUGCGGGUAUCGUCAGACGGAAGCUUGCAUCGGUUGUGAAUGGUGGCGUCGUCUCGGGUUCGGGGAGUACAUCACCUCCCGCACCGGCACAACAAACGGAUAAACACACCCCACCAACGACACCAGAGAAAACAAAACAAUCCCGCCAAGCUCAAUUCGCAUCCGUCGCCAGCGUCGUGGGCGCAGUCGGGUUCUUCGUCGGGUUUGUGUGGUACAAUGGGAUUGUGCAGGUUUCGUUUGGGGAGGAUGAUGAGGAGGAUGAGCGUGGGGAAGAUGGCAAGGAAGGGGAGGUUGUAUAUAAGUUUGGGACGGCGUAGAGCGUAUUUUGCAUAGUCUUGCGAGUCUGGAUAUGUGUAGCCUACUGUAGACUUUUGCAAAACCGUCGAAGAUUGAGAAGCGAUGAGAAUGGGGCUGAUUUA